AUGGCCAAGUUGCUUCCACUGCCAGACACCUCGCCCUAUGACCGGGUUGCGUAUUUGGUCGGAUAUCCAAUUGCUCAUUCCCGCUCACCGGAUUUGCACAGGGCCAUAUAUUCGACAUCGGGGAAGAACUGGGCUCAGCUCCUGUACGAGUCAACUGACCUCGACGGGUUUAUCAAGUACCUCAAAAACGAUGCAAAAUGCAUGGGCAGUGGCGUAACGAUGCCGUUCAAAGUCGCCGUCAUUCCGUACCUCGAUGAGUUGACUGAGGAGGGCAAAACCAUUGGUGCCAUAAACACCAUUUUCUUCAAAACCGCUGCUGAUGGUUCUCGAAUCUAUUGCGGCACUAAUACUGACUGCCUGGGAAUCCGAGACGCCUUCUUCACGAAUGUGGACAACCCGCAUUACCGCGGAAAACCUGGUUUGGUUGUUGGUGGCGGUGGUACCUGCAGAGCUGCCAUUUAUGCCUUGCAGCGAUUUCUGGGCUGUUCGCCGAUUUACAUUAUUAAUCGAGACGCCAGCGAGGUCGACUCUGUGCUUCAAGAAUGCCGCAGAAAUGGAACAGCAGAUGAUUUGAUCUACGUAUCAACAACCGAGCAAGCGCGUAGUGUGCCGGCCCCAGCAGCCGUUGUGAGCGCGAUUCCUGACUUUCCGCCUGUUACUGAGAGUGAAAAGACGGUCCGAGAGAUCUUGGAGAUCUUCCUCAAUGGCACGGAGAAGGGUGCUUUGCUGGAAAUGUGCUAUCACCCGUCUCCAGACACUGGCGUCUCCCGACUUGCAUUGGAGUCAGGUUGGCAGUUGAUUGGAGGCAUUGAAGCAAUGAUUGGACAAGGCGUUGCGCAAGCCGGUUUGUGGACAGGCCUCGAAAUCGAUGACACGCUGAGAAAUGUCGUAAGGCGGAAAAUCCAGGAUAGCAUGAAGGCACAACACUGA